AUGAGAACUAUUAUCCCUGCACAAGCUGACCUCAGUCAAAUCCAGGACAAAAUAGAUGGCCUGGCAGACACCCACAAAGAUGAUUUAUGGCGUGUGAAUAAACAGAUUCACGGGAACCCCGAGCCACAUUACAAAGAGGUGCAAGCCCACGACAACAUCUGCGGAUUACUGGAAAGCCUUGGAUAUGCUGUCACGCCACACGCAUACGGAGUCCCGACAGCUUUUCAAGUCGAGUUCGGCACCGGAGGAGGACUCGUAAGUUACAACGCCGAAUACGAUGCCCUCCCCUGUGAAAGUGACGGAUACCAUCAUGCAUGCGGACACAAUCUCAUUGCCACCUCCUCAAUCGCCGCCUUCCUAUUUACCGCAGGCGUGAUCAAAGACACGGGGAUGCAAGGCCGGGUCCGACUGCUGGGUACCCCAGCUGAAGAGUCAGGUGGUGGCAAAAUCGACUUGAUCGAUGCUGGUGCCUAUCGCGGUGUGGAUGCUAGUCUUAUGGCCCAUCCAUCCAACGAUAUUGAAUCUUUCGAUGGUAUCAGCUGUCCAAAGACUCUGGCCAUCAACUCGGUCAAGAUCAAGUUUCAUGGGAAGGAGGCCCAUGCAGCAGCCUCUCCGUGGGCUGGAAUCAAUGCACUUGACGCUGUUGUUGCAACAUACAAUAACAUUGCGAUGCUCCGACAGCAACUUCCCUUGACGGAACGUGUUCACAGCAUAAUCAGCAAUGGUGGCGAAAGACCAAACAUCAUUCCGGGACUUGCGGAGAUGGAACUCUAUGCGCGGGCUGCAACCGAUGCGGAACUGGAAACGCUUUGCAAACGACUUGAAGGUUGCAUUCACGGCGGCGCGCAGGCAGCCGGAUGCAAAGUUGAAUUGACAUGGGAUCGAGCAUACAAAAACCUACGAAACAAUGAGACGAUUGCAAGGGUCUUCAGUGACUCCAUGCGAGUCAUGGGGAAAACAUUUCAACACAAAUUGGAAGAUAGUAUUGGAGGCUCAACUGAUCAAGGAAACGUGACCCACGAGAUCCCCGGUAUUCACCCGAUGUUUGUUAUCCCUACCCCAGGGGGUGUUACCGGACCGCAUACAUCUGGAUUUGCAGAGGCAGCAGGCACAUACGACUCGUUUCUGCGCGCAUUAGACGUUGGAAAGGGUCUUGCAAGUGCCGGUUAUCAGAUUCUGGCAGAUCCCGAACUGAGACAGCAGGCUUGGGACGAACAUGCAAACAAAUGA